UAACAUAUUAUUAGUCACUGCUAUAGUAAUAACAUAUUAUUAGUCACUGCUAUAGUAAUAAGUUAUCAGUCACUGCUAUAGUAAUAACAAGUUAUCAGUCACUGCUAUAGUAAUACGUUAUCAGUCACUGCUAUAGUAAUAUGUUAUCAGUCACUGCUAUAGUAAUAACAAGUUAUUAGUCACUGCUAUAGUAAUAACAUGUUAUCAGUCACUGCUAUAGUAAUAACAAGUUAUCAGUCACUGCUAUAGUAAUAAGUUAUCAGUCACUGCUAUAUUAAUAACAAGUUAUUAGUCACUGCUAUAGUAAUACGUUAUCAGUCACUGCUAUAGUAAUACGUUAUCAGUCACUGCUAUAGUAAUAAGUUAUCAGUCACUGCUAUAGUAAUAUGUUAUCAGUCACUGCUAUAGUAAUAUGUUAUCAGUCACUGCUAUAGUAAUAUGUUAUCAGUCACUGCUAUAGUAAUACGUUAUCAGUCACUGCUAUAGUAAUAACAAGUUAUUAGUCACUGCUAUAGUAAUAACAUGUUAUCAGUCACUGCUAUAGUAAUAACAAGUUAUCAGUCACUGCUAUAGUAAUAAUAUGUUAUCAGUCACUGCUACAGUAAUACAUUAUCAGUCACUGCUAUAGUAAUAACAAGUUAUCAGUCACUUCUAUAGUAAUACGUUAUCAGUCACUGCUAUAGUAAUAACAAGUUAUCAGUCACUGCUAUAGUAAUAAUAUGUCACUGCUAUAGUAAUAAUAUGUUAUCAGUCACUGCUAUAGUAAUAAGUUAUCAGUCACUGCUAUAGUAAUAAUAAGUUAUCAGUCACUGCUAUAGUAAUAAUACGUUAUCAGUCACUGCUAUAGUAAUAUGUUAUCAGUCACUGCUAUAGUAAUAAGUUAUCAGUCACUGCUAUAGUAAUAAUACGUUAUCAGUCACUGCUGUAGUAAUAACAAGUUAUGGUCUCAUGGUCUGAGAGACUUAAGGUGCCUUUUGGUAAACUCCAAGCUGGCUGUCAUGAGCCUUUUACUGAAGAAUGGCUUCUGUCUAGGCACUCUACCUUAAAGGCCUGAUUGGUGGAGUGCUGCAGAGAUGGUUGUCCUUCUGGAAGGUUCUCCCAUCUCCACAGAGGAACUCUGGAGCUCUGUGAGAGUGACCAUCGGGUUCUUGGUCACCUCCCUGACCUAGGCCCUUCUCCCCCGAUUGCUCAGUUUGGCCGGGCGGCCAGCUCUAGGAAGAGUCUUGGUAGUUACAAACUCCUUCCACUUAAGAAUGAUGGAGGCCACCGUGUUCUUGGGGACCUUCAAUGCACACAUCCAUGCAAUCUCCAUAGACAAACAUUGGCUGUAGAAUGGCCUUAGUGAAGAGGUCAGUGACUUUCAACGUGGCACCGUCAUAGGAUGCCACCUUUCCAACAAGUCAGUUAGUCAAAUUUCUGCCCUGCUAGUGCCGCCCCGAUCAGCUGUAAGUGCUGUUAUUGUGAAGUGGAAACGUCUAUGAGCAACAACGGCUCAGCCGAGAAGUGGUAGGACACACAAGCUCACAGAACGGGACCGCUGAGUGCUGAAGCAUGUACAGUGUAAAAAUCAUCUGUCCUCGGUUGCAACACUCACUACCGACUUCCAAACUGCCUCUGGAAGCAACGUCAGCACAAGAACUGUUUGUCAGGAGCUUUGUGAAAUGCGUUUCAAUGGGCGAGCAGCCACACAGAAGCCUGAGAUCACCAUGCACAAUGCCAAGUGUCGGCUAGAGUGGUGUACAGUGCACCGCCGUUGGACUCUGGAGCAUUGGAAGCAGCCACUACUCUUGUCCCAUUACUCCCUUUUUGUUAACCAAGACCUACUACACAAGCUUCCAAUUACCUAACUUCGUUGCUAAUGUAUAAAAGAAUGAGCUACGAAACCCGCUCGCAGGAUUGGUUAACUCUUGAGGUCCCUCUGGUCUCAACAUAUUUAGGUAAUUCAUCCAUUAGUUUUAGUGCCGCCCUUAGUUGGAAUAACCUACAAAAUUCCUUGCAUUUUGAUUCAAAUCAAAUCAAAUUUUAUUGGUCACAUAACGUGUUUAGCAGAUGUUAUUGCGGGUGUGGCGAAAUGACUGUCUCACAGUCGGCGUUCCAAUUCAUCCCAAAGGUGUUCGAUUGGGUUGAGGUCAGGGCUCUGUGCAGGCCAGUCAAGUUAUUCCACACCGAUCUCAACAAAUGUUUCCCUGGUACCACAAGGGCAGUUUAGGAUUCGGGUGUUUGUUCUCAGAGCACCAUUUGGGAAUGAGACGCUGGUCUCAACUGGGCUACCUUGAAUAAAUAAAAGUUAAAAAAUAAUAAUAAAAUCAAAUUCAUUAUAGAAGGGUCUUUAGACUACUGUAUGCACAUCAAGAGUUCAGUGUUCAGUCACAACCAUCAUAGCUGCUGAAUAUCUGAAGAAUCCUAAUAGAUCAUAACGGAAUCAGACUGAACCUUUAAACAUGAAGGGAGCUCCUUCUAAAAUUAUAAGGCAGGCAGUAGGACCGGUGGGCCUGCGCCAUAGAGAUAGAUAGAGGACUCAUCCUUAUAUCUGUUGCUAUUAUAGCAUAACAGCAUGGGCAGCGCCAUUGAGGCAAUCUCCAUAGUGAAGUAGUCAUUUGUCUUCACGAUUGGCUGAUACCGAUAGUACAUGACUCCUAUAUUAGUCCCACCCAGUUAACUAUAUUAAAUACAACCAAUAUUAAUACUACCUUUUGGCGACUAGAGGCCUCUAUUCUUCUCUAUGGUCUGCACCAAGCCUGUCUGCAGGGUAUAUUGUGCUAGAGCGCCCUCUGGUGGCUUAAUAACGCCCAACAAGGACUUUAUGGGAUAUUAUUCAUUAUUAUUAUUAGUUAUAAAUAGAGAGUAAUGAGAAUAAAAUGUUAAUAAUUAUUGUCACUAUUGGUUGCAUGUGACAGACCUUGCGGCAGACCCAAACUCCACAUGGUGAAGACCUUUGUAACAAUAGUUGCGUCCCUUUCUUUGCUUGCUGAAAUCCAUACUUUUUCAAUAAACGUGAAUACAACCACCACGGACUUUUAGCUCGUUUCUGUUUCUCGGAAGUGGAAACUCAGAACAUGUGUCAAUGUAAAUCCGAUGACGUGUGUAAAUGAAAGCUAUAAAAUGAUUGUAAAAAAAAAACACGUGUCUAUUUCUCUGAUUUGUCUCGUUAUUUGUCAGUAUCUCUAGAGUCGGGACAGAAAUGUCUAUACAGUUAUGCAACAAAUGUAUUGUUUCCUGGUGCCUGUAAUGAUCUAAAUAUGAUUGGUUGUCACCAGCUGUAGAGCGUGUGAUUUGAUUGGACAAUGGCAUUUGGAGACAUAUGCAUACGUCAUGUCAUCCCUUUCCUUCAGAAACGAGAAUAAAAGUUGCUGGUUGUAUUUGAUGAAUGUUUAUUGAAAAAGUAUACAUUUCAGCAAACAAAGAAAGGCACACGACUACAGAGGACAAACAUAGGUACAAGGUCAGUGUAUCAGCACGUCUGUCCUGUCUGCCAGCGAGGAGGAGGAGGUCUCUGUUUAUUCAUUUACGUCAGCCCUCUUUCAAUCCCUUCCUCCUUCCGUCCUGCUCUACGUACACCGUCAACGGGGACACAACGUUCAAACUGUGUUGUCAUAUUAAAAGCCGACACAAUCACUUCGCCACCAUAAACCUCUUUUGGAACCAGGAGGAAGCCAGCAGGCGCCUGGUUAGAUGUGAGCCCAGGGCUAUGGCCAGACAGGUAGAUUCUGGCACUCAGACUGAUCCUGUGGUGGUUCUGUCUCUAGCCCAGGCUGCUGUUCUGGGCCUCAUCUCUCAGAAUGAGGUGUUCGGUGCUACCAUCGCUCCUAAUGGCUUCUACACAGGAGAACCUAAAGAGUCCCCUGCCCUGCCUGUAGAGGGGGUGGAUUACGAAUACGCUGAUCAGCUGAUAGGAGCUAACGGAGAUUACCUGGGAGACAACCUGCCUGAAGACGGACACAUGCAGCCCAGCUGUAGCCAGAGGAGGUGGCAUGGACCACCCCCCGAGGGGAAGAUGGUAGGGCCCGAGCGCCAUGCUGGAGUGCCUGUGGACGGGUCAUCCCAAGUGAAAGGAGAGGGGGUUAUCACUGGCCUGACGUCCUGUGUUCACAUGCUGAACAACCUGGCUACUACUAGAGGGGGAUUGGUCCAGGUUGACCCCGCCUCUCUCCGUGCCGCCGCCCAAAAAGGCUGUGCCGAGUGUGACAGAGACAUGUCCAGCCAGCAGGCUAACACACACCCUCACACACACUCCCAGGCCGGCCACAGCCAUAAAGGGGAGCCGGGGCAUCGAGGCCUGCAGGGGCAGAGGGGGCAUCAGGAGAGAGCAAGGGGGGAGGAAGAGGAGGAGGAGGAGGAGGGAAACAGCCUGAGGAAAGGAGGACAGGAGGAGACUAUCAGCAGCUACUUCCAGUCCAGCGAGGUGGGGGGGUACGAGGGGGGGGAGAUCUACCAUGAGAACAGCCAGGGUAUGAUGUGGGGCAACCAGCUGGAGCAAGGGGUGGCGGGAAGAGGAGGAGCAGGAGCAGGAAGAGGAGGGACCCAUCGUCACCACGGCCGGAGGGUUGACCGUCUAGACAUCAACAUCCAGAUAGACGAGUCGUACUGUGUGGACAUGGGCGAGGGCCUGAAGAGAUGGAAGUGCCGUAUGUGUGAAAAGUCUUACACCUCCAAGUACAACCUGGUAACUCACAUCCUGGGUCACCAGGGCAUCAAGCCCCACGCCUGCCCCCACUGUGGGAAGCUGUUUAAACAGCCCAGCCACCUGCAGACCCACCUGCUCACCCACCAGGGAACGAGGCCUCAUAAAUGCAGCGUGUGUAAGAAGGGCUUCACCCAGACCUCCCACCUGAAGAGACACAUGCUGCAGCACACCGACGUCAAACCUUACAGCUGCCGCUUCUGUCGCCGCGGCUUCGCCUACCCCAGCGAGCUCCGCGCCCACGAGACCAAACACGAGCGCGGGCGCUGCCACGUGUGUUCCCAGUGUGGCAUGGAGUUCCCCACCUACGCCCAUCUGAAGCGCCACCAGACCAGCCACCAGGGACCAACUAGUUACCAGUGUACAGAGUGCGACAAGUCCUUCACCUACCGCAGCCAGCUGCAGAAUCACCUCCUGAAACACCAGAGUCCUCGGCCGUACUCCUGUUCCCACUGCGGCCUGGAGUUUGUCCAGCUGCACCACCUCCGCCAGCACGCCCUCACACACAAGGGUAUGAAGGGUCAUAAGUGUGAGGUGUGUUCCCGUGAGUUCACCUUGUCAGCCAACCUGAAGAGACACAUGUUGAUCCACAACAGCAUCAGACCCUUCCAGUGUCACAUCUGCUUCAAGAGCUUCAUCCAGAAACAGACGCUCAAAACGCACAUGAUCGUCCACCUGCCCGUCAAACCCUUCAAAUGCAAGGUGUGCGGGAAGUCGUUCAACAGAAUGUACAACCUGCUGGGUCACAUGCACCUCCACGCCGGCUCCAAACCCUUCAAGUGUCCUUACUGCUCCUCCAAGUUUAACCUGAAGGGGAACCUCAGCCGACACAUGAAGGUCAAACACGGCAUGGACAUCUCACCUAACGGACAAGAUGCUCUUCCUGAGAUGGAGGCCCAGGGCCACUAUGAGGAGGACAACUUUGACUUUGGGACCUCAGGGGCCAACAACAACAUGGAUAAUGGAGGCUCCCAGAACCUCACCAAGCUCACCACGGCAAACAUGGACGACAUGGACAACUAUUACAGCUUUGGGAAGGAUACAGCUAACUACAACACGUCUUGAGCAGUAGGAGAAUACUGUUAAUGGACUACAGACCAUUAGACACCAUGGGUUAAUGGUGGACUAACUGCAGACCAUGGAUUAAUGGAGAAGAGACCAUGGGUUAUUGGUGGACUAACUACAGACCAUGGGUUAUUGGUGGACUAACUACAGACCAUGUUUAUUGGUGGACUAACUACAGACCAUGGGUUAUUGGUGGACUAACUACAGACCAUGGUUUAUUGGUGGACUAACUACAGACCAUGGGUUAUUGGUGGACUAACUACAGACCAUGGUUUAUUGGUGGACUAACUACAGACCAUGGUUUAUUGGUGGACUAACUACAGACCAUGGUUUAUUGGUGGACUAACUACAGACCAUGGGUUAUUGGUGGACUAACUACAGACCAUGGUUUAUUGGUGGACUAACUACAGACCAUGGGUUAUUGGUGGACUAACUACAGACCAUGGUUUAUUGGUGGACUAACUACAGACCAUGGGUUAUUGGUGGACUAACUACAGACCAUGGGUUAUUGGUGGACUAACUACAGACCAUGGGUUAUUGGUGGACUAACUACAGACCAUGGUUUAUUGGUGGACUAACUACAGACCAUGGGUUAUUGGUGGACUAACUACAGACCAUGGGUUAUUGGUGGACUAACUACAGACCAUGGGUUAUUGGUGGACUAACUACAGACCAUGGGUUAUUGGUGGACUAACUACAGACCAUGGGUUAUUGGUGGACUAACUACAGACCAUGGGUUAUUGGUGGACUAACUACAGACCAUGGGUUAUUGGUGGACUAACUACAGACCAUGGGUUAUUGGUGGACUAACUACAGACCAUGGGUUAUUGGUGGACUAACUACAGACCAUGGGUUAUUGGUGGACUAACUACAGACCAUGGUUCAAUAGAGAGGAGAACAGAAAGGAAAACGCCACACUGCUGCUCCCAGCUGAUAUUUCUAACGUUUCCACCCGUAGGUCUUCAUCAGGUAUCCAGGACCUAAUGGUGGAAACAUUAACGUUUCCACCCGUAGGUCUUCAUCAGGUAUCCAGGACCUAAUGGUGGAAACAUUAACGUUUCCACCCGUAGGUCUUCAUCAGGUAUCCAGGACCUAAUGGUGGAAACAUUAACGUUUCCACCCGUAGGUCUUCAUCAGGUAUCCAGGACCUAAUGGUGGAAACAUUAACGUUUCCACCCGUAGGUCUUCAUCAGGUAUCCAGGACCUAAUGGUGGAAACAUGGUUCUAAGUAAAUAUCAGCUGGGAGCAGCGUUUCCCUGUCUGUUUUCCAUGAGCUCACCUACAACUCCAGCACCUGAGGAAAGCACCUGGAUGUGGAGAGGAGACCAUGGGUGGGGAACAGACAACAUGGCUGCCGUCCUGAGGCAGUGAGAGAGACUGGGUUAGGGCGUGCUGUGGCAGUGAGAGAGACUGGGUUAGGGCGUGCUGUGGCAGUGAGAGAGACUGGGUUAGGGCGUGGUGUGGCAGUGAGAGAGACUGGGUUAGGGCGUGCUGUGGCAGUGAGAGAGACUGGGCUAGGGCGUGCUGUGGCAGUGAGAGAGACUGGGUUAGGGCGUGCUGUGGCAGUGAGAGAGACUGGGUUAGGGCGUGCUGUGGCAGUGAGACUGGGUUAGGGCGUGGUGUGGCAGUGAGAGAGACUGGGUUAGGGCGUGCUGUGGCAGUGAGAGAGACUGGGCUAGGGCGUGCUGUGGCAGUGAGAGAGACUGGGUUAGGGCGUGCUGUGGCAGUGAGAGAGACUGGGUUAGGGCGUGCUGUGGCAGUGAGAGAGACUGGGUUAGGGCGUGCUGUGGCAGUGAGAGAGACUGGGUUAGGGCGUGCUGUGGCAGUGAGAGAGACUGGGUUAGGGCGUGCUGUGGCAGUGAGAGAGACUGGGUUAGGGCGUGCUGUGGCAGUGAGACUGGGUUAGGGCGUGGUGUGGCAGUGAGAGAGACUGGGUUAGGGCGUGCUGUGGCAGUGAGAGAGACUGGGCUAGGGCGUGCUGUGGCAGUGAGAGAGACUGGGCUAGGGCGUGCUGUGGUAGUGAGAGAGACUGGGUUAGGGCGUGCUGUGGUAGUGAGAGAGACUGGGUUAGGGCGUGCUGUGGUAGUGAGAGAGACUGGGUUAGGGCGUGCUGUGGCAGUGAGAGACACUGGGUUAGGGCAUGCUGUGGCAGUGAGAGAGACUGGGUUAGGGCGUGCUGUGGUAGUGAGAGAGACUGGGCUAGGGCGUGCUGUGGCAGUGAGAGAGACUGGGCUAGGGCGUGCUGUGGCAGUGAGAGAGACUGGGUUAGGGCAUGCUGUGGCAGUGAGAGAGACUGGGUUAGGGCGUGCUGUGGCAGUGAGAGAGACUGGGUUAGGGCGUGCUGUGGCAGUGAGAGAGACUGGGUUAGGGCGUGCUGUGGCAGUGAGACACAGGGAGGGGAAUCAUGGACCCUUUAAGAACCAGAACUGACCUGUCCUGAUGGAGGGGCAGGACAUCCACUUCAACAGCCAAUCCGCUCCACCCGUCUCUGAUAGAAGUGACUCUGAGACUGACGAUUGGGUGUAGAAGUCCUUUGGUAUAUUCUAGCAGACAUGAUUGGUCUAGAAGUCCUUUGGGAUAUUCUAGCAGACAUGAUUGGUCUAGAAGUCCUUUGGGAUAUUCUAGCAGACACGAUUGGUCUAGAAGUCCUUUGGGAUAUUCUAGCAGACACGAUUGGUCUAGAAGUCCUUUGGGAUAUUCUAGCAGACAUGAUUGGUCUAGAAGUCCUUUGGGAUAUUCUAGCAGACAUGAUUGGUCUAGAAGUCCUUUGGGAUAUUCUAGCAGACAUGAUUGGUCUAGAAGUCCUUUGGGAUAUUCUAGCAGACACGAUUGGUCUAGAAGUCCUUUGGGAUAUUCUAGCAGACACGAUUGGUCUAGAAGUCCUUUGGGAUAUUCUAGCAGACAUAAAGACUAUAGCGGCAGAUCUAAACUGUGAUAAGUUGUGGGAUGGAACCGUAUCAGCACUCAGAAAUCAGUUUUACACAGAGACAUCUUACCCUCCGUGGAAUCAUUCACCAAUAAGUAUGUUUUGACAGAAGACCAGAUGCAGUAUAACUCCUGAUCUUAGAUCCAACUAGACACACUGAAUACAGCCCCUUCAGAAAGGCUUCACACCCCUUUAUACACAUGUGUUACAGCCGGAAUUUAAGAUUUGUUGUCACUGUCCUACACACAAUAAUACCCCAUAAUUGCAAGGUGAAUUUAUGUUUGUAGAAUUUUUUUAUGAAAAGCUGAAAUGUCUUGAGUCAAUAAGUAUUCAAACUCUUUAUUAUGGCGAACCUACAUAAGUUCAGGAAUAAAAAUGUGCUUUAACAAGUUG